AUGGCGGGCGCCGUGGCCGCGCGGUGCUUGCAAGGGCGGGCUGGUCGUGAAGAUGUGAGGAAACGUGACUAUGAGUCCUUCCUCUGUUCCUUACUCUUGCCUGCAGAAUCUCGACACUCAGCUUUUGCUCUCAGAGCCUUCAAUGUAGAGUUGGCUCAGGUUAAGGACUCUGUAAGUCAAAAGAUCAUUGGCUUGAUGCGAAUAGAGUUCUGGAGAAAAGCUGUAGAAGAUAUGUAUCACAACGACCCACCACACCAACCGGUUGCAAUAGAACUGUGGAAGGCAAUCAGAAGGCAAAAGCUGACCAAAAUGUGGCUUAUGAAAAUUAUUGAUGAAAGGGAGAAAAAUUUGGAUGAUCGACCAUAUCGGGAUAUCAGUGAACUUGAAAAAUAUGCUGAAAACACACAGAGUGCUCUCCUUUAUCUCACGCUGGAAAUGCUUGGAGUCAAGGACAUCCACGCAGACCACGCUGCCAGUCACAUUGGGAAGGCGCAAGGCAUUGUAACCUGCUUAAGAGCAACCCCGUACCAUGCCAGCAGAGGGUUGGUCUUUCUGCCCAUGGACAUAUGCAUGCUGCAUGAUGUUUCGCAAGAGGAUUUCCUAAGACGUAACCGGGAGAAGAAGGUGCGAGAUGUCAUAUAUGACAUUGCCAGUCAGGCACAUGUUCAUCUGGAACACGCUAGGUCCUUCCGGAAGAAUGUUCCUGUUAAAGCAUUCCCUGCUUUUCUUUGUACAGUUGCCAUUGAGGAUUUUUUAAAUAAAAUACAAAAAGUUGACUUUGAUAUAUUUCACCCAAGUUUGCAUAGGAGGAAUUCUUUACUACCUUUGCAUUUGUAUAUUAGAUCAUGGAAGAAAACAUAUUAAAGAGUAUUUUAGAUGAGA